AUGAUUUUUUCUGUCAAUAAUUUUCUCCUUCUUUUCUUUGCUUUCUUUCUUUUUGUCAGUAGUUUUGGCCUUCUUUUCUAUGUUUUCUGUUUUCUUUCUUUUAGUCUGCAAAUAGCUUUGACCUUCAUUUCUAGGAUUUCUUUCUUACUUUCCUUUUGUGAAUGGACCUCCUUUCUAUGUUAUCUUCCUUUCUUUAAAUACCUUUACAUUUCUGGAAUACCUUUCUUUUUGACCAUCUUUUCUAUACUUUCUUUCUAUCUUUCUAUGAGUAAUUUUCAUAUUUUAAUCUAUAUUUUCUUUCUUUGGCCUUUCUUUUUCCUUUCUUGGACUUUCUUUUCUAUUCUUUCUUUCUUUCUCGUUAGCUUUCUUUUCUAUGCUUUAUUCCCUUCUUUCUUUCUCUCUUUCUUGCUUUCUUUCUGCAAAUGGUUUUGGAUUUAUUUUAUAUGCUUUCUUUCUAUAAAUAGCUUCUUCACUAUGUUUUUUUCUUUCCAUCAGUACUUUUGGUCUUUUCUUCUAUGUUUUCUUUCUCUCUGUAAUUCUUUGGCUUUCAUUUCUAUGUUUCUUUCUUUCUUUUUUCUUUCUUUUUUUUUGUCAUUCUUUUCUAUGCUUUCUUUCUUUCUUUCCUUCUUUCUUUCUUUCUUUCUUUCUUUAUGUAAAUUGUUUUGGACUUCUUUUCUAUGCUUUUUUCCUUAUUUCUUUCUUUAUUUCAUUAUAUAUUUUUUUCUGCAAAUAGUUUUGGUAUUCUUUUCUCUUUUCUUUCUUUCUGUGAAUAGAUUUGGCCUUCUAUUCUCGGCAUUCUCUCUUUCUUUCUCAGAUUUUGCCUUCUUUUCUAUGUUGUCUUUGUCUAAAUCUUUGGCCUUCUUUUCUGUGCUUUCUGUCUUUCUAUCUGUCAGUAGAUUUGGUCAUAAUUUCUCUGAUUUCGUUUUUUCUCUCUUUCUAUUUCGCAUUCUUUUCUGUGUUUUAUUUUUUCUUUCUUUCUUUUUUCUAUCAAUAAUUUUCUCCAUCUUUUCUAUGCCUUCUUUCUCGACUUUCUUUCUUUCUGAAAAUAGUUUGGGCCUUUUCUUCUAUGUUUUAUUUUUUUCUUUCUUUCUUCAUUUUUUUCUGUUAAUAAUUUUAGCCUUCUUUUCUUUCUUUCUUUCUUUCUUUCUUUCUUUCUUUCUUUCUUUCUUUCUGUCCUCUGUCAAUAGUUUUGACCUUCUUUUCUAUGUUUUAUUCUUUCAUUCUGUAAAUAGCUUUGCCAUUCUUUCUUUCUUUCUUUCUUUCUUUCUUUCUGUAAAUAGUUUUAUCUUUCUUUAUCUAAUUUCUUUCUGUAAAUAUAUCCACUUUUAUAUUUCUUAUAAUCUCUCCGUCCCUAUAUCUAUCUAUCUAUCUAUCUAUCUAAGGUUAUUCAUAUCUAUCUUUCUAUCGAUCUAUCUAUCUAUAGAUUGUUCUUUUGUUCUUCUCUUUACCCUCCCUCCCUCCCGUUUUCCCACUCAUUCUUUCUUUUGUUUUCACUUUCCCUCCUCCUUCCUCUUUAAAUUCUUUCAGAUCUUCUUCCUUAUCUCUCCUCUCCUUGUUUUCUUUCUUCUUUUUAUCCCUUUCUUCAUUCCGCUAAGACUUUCUUCAUCUUCUCAAUCCACGCGUUCUUCUUCUUCUUCUUCUUCUUCUUCUUCUUCUUCUUCUUCUUCUUCUUCUUCUUCUUCACGCACACACAAGCGCGCGCACGCACGCAAACCUCUCCUAGCAAGGCACACCUCUUUUGCAUGCUUUGCAACCUGCUCGGCGCUGUCGAGUGUUGGCCUAUCGAACGAACAUCCGAGCCUCGAUCUAAUAUAUCAUUCUUUGGUUACUGAUACACCCAAAAGAGACACGAGUUUUAAUCCGCCUCGUGGUGGAUGCUUGGGGGAGCGGCGCUGCGCUGGGGGAGCGCUCCUCUUUCGUUCUUUCUUUCUUAGCUCUUUCUUUCAUCUCCUGUUUCAUGGCUCUUUCUUUCUUUCUUUCUUUAUUUCUUUCACUUUCUUAGCGGUUUCUUUCUUUUUCUUUCUUUUCUCUUUCCUUCAAGCGUUCUUUCAUUUUCUUUUCUUCCUUUUUUCUUGUCCCUUUCUUUUACUUUUUUCUUACUUUUUUCCUACGUUACCCCUUUCUUUCUUUCUUUCUUUCUUUCUUUCUUUCUUUCUUUCUUUCCCAUCACUUUUAAACUCUUCCACCUCCGUUUCUAACCAUAACCCAUUUCUUUUCUUCGAUUAUUUUCAUAGCUUCUACCCUUUCUCUCACUUUUUCUGUUUAUAUCCCCUUUUACUCUCUAUGUCUUCGAUAAUCAGCACCAUACAUUCUCAUUUCUGUCAUCCGCCAUUUCUUCACCAUUUCUCUCCACCUUCGUAG